AUGGCGCAGCACUCCAAUAUCGCCCGGUCAGCCAUCCUGACAUCCGCCACUUCGCCAGAGCAACGAGCGGACCAGAAGAAUAUGAACGGUGGCUCAGAGUCAGGAAAAGAAGGGACUCUUAUGCCUCCGAAGACUGUGGUCAACCGAGCGCUAGGUAAUGACUUGCAUUCCGAUUCCCACAAAUCGUCGCAGCCGCCCAAGGGCGGAGUCGGAACUGCCCUGACAGACACUCCGGUUUCUACCGCACCCCCGUCUCCACAGAUCUUGGGCCAGAAACAGCCCAUCGGAACUCCCAAUCGGAUCCGAGCUACGACCCUCGACAUUCCGGGCCUUACCAAGUCCAAGGUCUCGCCAGAUGGUCGCAUCGCCCAGCGUGAUGUCGGUGCGAAACUGGUCAUUGUCAUGGUCGGCCUUCCGGCUCGAGGCAAGAGUUACAUCACCAAGAAGCUGGCCCGUUACCUGAACUGGUUGCAGCAUGAUACCGAAAUCUUCAACGUCGGACAGCGCCGUCGUGUGGCGGCGGGCAAGUCCCCGUCGCCCAUCCCACAUGAGCGGAAGCCAAGUACUGUUCACAAGGAUCUGGUGGAUUCGGUCCGUCGACUGAGUGUCAGCGUCGGUACCACCUUGAACCCGAAGGAAACCUCCCCACCGGAGACUGAAGAUGCGCCACUCCCCCCUCCUGUGGUGCCCGCCAAGAUCCUGGUGAACGGGCAGGAACCCGACCAAGUCUCCCAGAAUGGAAGUACUGUGGUGACGUCAACCGACGCAGGCCCGGCCCAAUCACGGAAUGAAGAAGCGAUCACUGAAGCUUCUCCCGAGCCCAUGGACCAAACCGCCAACUUCUUUGACCCCCAGAACCAGCGUGCCGUCAAGAUGAGAGAACAAGUCGCCCUGGACACCCUGGAUGAGCUGCUUGAUUACAUCCUCGAUGAGGGCGGUAGCAUUGGUAUCCUGGAUGCGACCAACAGCACCAUGGAACGCCGCAAGGCCAUUGUCGAUCACAUUCGGGAACGCGCCGGCAGCGAGCUUAACAUCCUGUUCCUCGAAAGUUCCUGUGUCGACCAAGAUUUGCUUGAGGCUAACAUGCGCCUGAAGCUCUCUGGUCCCGAUUACAAGGGCCAGGAUCCUACCGAGGCACUGAUCGAUUUCAAGAAGCGUGUGGCUCUCUACGAGAAAUCCUACGUGCCACUCGGCGAGUACGAAGAAAAGAACCGCAUGGCAUACAUCCAGAUGAUCGAUGUCGGCCGUAAGGUGGUUGCUCACCAGACUCAUGGCUUCCUAUCCUCGCAAGUUGUCUACUACUUGCUCAACUUUAAUCUUUCCCCCCGCCAGAUCUGGAUCACCCGCCAUGGCGAAAGCAACGACGAUGCCGCUGGCCGCAUCGGAGGUGAUUCCGAUCUCAGCCCGAACGGCCGCAAGUACGCCAAGGCGCUGGCCCGCUUUGUUGACCAUCAACGGAAGCAGUGGGAGAACUACCAGCGACAGAAGGACCUUCUCGCCCACUUCCCUCCGCGCCCUGGUGACAGCACUCCUCCCAACCCAUCUUACAUCCCUCGGGAAGGUCCGCGCAACUUCUGCGUGUGGUCUUCGAUGAUGCGGCGCUCGGUCCAGACUGCCGAGUACUUUGACGAGGAGGAUUACGAUGUCAAGCAGAUGAGGAUGCUGGACGAAAUCCACUCCGGUAAAAUGGAAGGCAUGACCUACAAACAGAUUCAAGAGCAGUAUCCCGAUGAGUAUGCCCAUCGCAAGAAGGACAAACUCUUCUACCGCUACCCCGGCCCCGGUGGAGAAAGCUAUCUCGACAUCAUCAAUCGAUCCCGAGCCGUGAUCGUUGAAGUCGAGCGGACUACCGACCAUGUGCUUCUGGUGGGCCAUCGCUCUGUUGCCCGUGUGCUCCUGGCCUACUUCCGUGGUCUGAAGCGUGACGAGGUCGCCGACCUGGAUGUCCCCAUGGGUGUCCUGUACAUGCUGGAGCCUAAGCCUUAUGGGGUCGACUUCAAGGCCUACCGAUACAACACCGAGACCGACUGGUUCGACUACCUGCCCGACUAUGAAUUGCGCCAGGUCAAGGCCUUGACUACCCAUUAA